AUGGCAGCGGGAAGGGGCUGGGGGCUGCUGGCGCUGUGCGGGGCGCUCAGUGCCUGCUGCUGGUUGCUGUGCGCCGGGGCGGCUGAGCAGGAGGCUGCCGCCGGGGCGAGCCGGCGGCGAAGGCUGAGCCAGGAGGACGGCAUCUCCUUCGAGUACCACCGCUACCCGGAGCUGCGGGAGGCGCUGGUGGCCGUGUGGCUGCAGUGCCCCUCCAUCAGCAGGAUCUACACCGUGGGGCGAAGCUUCGAGGGAAGGGAGCUGCUGGUCAUCGAGAUUUCGGAUAACCCCGGGAGACACGAGCCUGGGGAGCCUGAAUUUAAAUAUAUCGGGAAUAUGCACGGGAAUGAAGCCGUUGGAAGGGAGCUGCUUAUUUUCUUAGCUCAGUACCUAUGUAAUGAAUACCAGAAGGGAAACGAGACAAUUAUCAACUUGAUCCACAGCACACGCAUCCAUAUCAUGCCAUCCUUUAAUCCAGAUGGGUUUGAGAAGGCAGCAUCCCAGCCUGGUGAAUUCAAAGACUGGUUUGUUGGCCGAAGUAAUGCUCAAGGAAUAGACCUGAACCGUAAUUUCCCUGACCUGGAUAGAAUAGUUUACAUUAAUGAGAGAGAAGGUGGCCCAAACAAUCACCUACUGAAAAACAUGAGGAAAGCUGUGGACCAGAAUCCUAAGCUUGCUCCUGAAACUAAAAGUAUCAUUCACUGGAUUAUGGAUAUUCCCUUUGUCCUCUCAGCCAAUCUUCAUGGAGGAGACCUUGUUGCAAACUAUCCAUAUGAUGAAACGCGCAGUGGUAGCACUCAUGAAUACAGCUCCUGCCCUGAUGAUGCGAUUUUUCAAAGCUUAGCUCGGGGCUAUUCAUCUUUUAACCCAGCCAUGUCUGAUCAAAACAGACCACCAUGUCGUAAGAAUGAUGACGACAGUAGUUUUGUAGAUGGAACAACCAACGGUGGUGCUUGGUACAGUGUUCCUGGAGGAAUGCAGGACUUCAAUUACCUCAGCAGCAACUGCUUUGAAAUCACAGUGGAGCUCAGCUGUGAAAAAUUCCCAUCAGAGGAAACUCUGAAGACCUACUGGGAGGACAACAAGAACUCACUUGUCAAUUAUAUUGAGCAGAUACAUCGGGGAGUGAAAGGAUUUGUUAGAGAUCUUCAGGGAAACCCGAUUGCAAAUGCUACCAUUUCUGUGGAGGGAAUAAACCAUGACAUUACAUCAGCCAACGAUGGUGAUUACUGGAGAUUGCUUACACCAGGAAACUACAAACUUACAGCCUCAGCACCAGGCUAUCUAGCAAUAACUAAAAAAGUGGCUGUUCCCUUUAGCCCUGCCAUUGGGGUUGAUUUUGAGCUGGAGUCGUUGUCUGAAAGAAAAGAAGAGGAGAAAGAAGAGUUGAUGGAGUGGUGGAAGAUGAUGUCAGAAACUUUAAAUUUCUAA